AUGCAGCGUCAACAGAUGGCGUCGUUACCAAAGGAACGUGUCCUUGUUGCACCACCAUUUUACCGCAGUGGCUUGGAUUACUGCGGCCCCUUCCAUGUUCGAGUUGGCAGCAAGCGCUCAGCAGUUACGACAAAAACCUAUGCAGCCAUUUUCGUUUGUAUGGCAUCGCGUGCAGUUCAUAUUGAGCUGGCAGAAGACUUGAGUACACAAGCAUUUAUAAACGUGUACGACCGCUUCGUGAGUCGACGAGGCAUCUGCGCUACCUUAUACAGCGAUAAUGGUACUCAGUUUAUUUGUGCGAAUCGACAAAUGCAGGAGGAUUUACAGGCAUGGGUGAACGUGUUUGCACAACAACACCUGGUGGCUGUGGGAACCCACUGGAAGUUUAUUACACCAUCGUCACCUCAUCACGGUGGCCUUUGGGAAGCAGCGGUGCGUUCUGCCAAAAAGCAUCUAUUGCGAGUCAUGGGUCGUCAAACAAUGCGCUUCCCCGAGCUCUACACUCUUUUGACGCGUAUAGAAGCCUGCCUCAACUCACGGCCAUUGCUGGCUUUAUACGAUGACCCAGAAGGUGGUGUAGCGCUCACUCCGGGUGAUUUCAUUAUUGGCCGCCCGUUGAAUUGUCGUCCGGAACCUCCAUUACCAGAAGUUCCAGAAAAUCGGUUGCAUUAUUGGCAACGUCUUCAACGAAUGCUGGAGCACUUUUGGCGUCGCUGGCAAAGCGAAUACAUAAAUACCCUUCAGUCUCGCAGUAAAUGGACUAGACCGGAGCCAAACAUACAGCGCGACGACGUCGUUCUCAUACGGAAUGAGAAUCUCCCCCCUACAUUUUGGCGCAUAGGAAGGGUCAUUGACGUGCAUCCGGGCAGUGAUGGUUUGGUUCGCGGACUUUUUACCAAACACCGAUGUCAGCGGCCGGUACAGAAAUUAUGCCGACUAACAGGCCCAUCUGAAGAAUUACUGAACCGCACGGGUUCAGCCGGGCAGGAUGUUCAAGAGUUACAGUAA